AUGAUACUCACUCAGAAUGACUCCCUGAGACCACUACUUCCUACAGACGAAGAUGAGCUGAAUUCCCAAAUUGCUAAGAAGAAGAAAGAAUUACAAGAAAAUGAGUUCGAGAGCCUUACAUUGAAAAAGAAGACUGCCACAACGACAUUGAAUCCACAAAGAAGUGCUUCGAAUAAAAAUGUAGCCAAUAUGAUUCUAGAAAAGAAGGCUACUCCUGUUCAAAAGGCGCUGACAGAUACGCAUAAUUUUAUUCAAAUGCGAAGUAAAGACCAAAAUAAAGAUCAAAAUAAAGAAAAGGAUGAGGGAGAAUUAGAGGGGAAUGACACAAGUGAUCAAGUUUCGUUAGAUAGUAUCAACAAUACUUUAAAUGGAUUAACUAUGGCAGAUAGUUUUAAAAAGAGGAAAGACGAAUGGGCAGAAAAAGGUGCAGCAAAGAUUAUUCAAGAGAUCGUUGAUCCUGAAACCGGACAGACCACUAAACAAGUGAUUAAGAAAGGAAUAAAGGACUUUAAAUUUGGAGAGAUGAUAGGUGAUGGGGCAUAUUCCACAGUAUUAUUAGCUACGUCAAUUGAUUCUGGUAAAAAAUAUGCGGUUAAAGUUUUGAAUAAAGAGUAUCUUAUCCGUCAAAAAAAGGUAAAGUACGUCAACAUUGAGAAAAUUGCAUUGCAAAGAUUAAAUAAUUCAAGAAGUAUCAUACGAUUAUUCUUUACCUUCCAAGAUGAAGCAAGUCUGUACUUUCUAUUAGAAUACGCACCCAACGGGGAUUUCCUGUCAGUUAUGAAGAAAUAUGGCUCAUUAAAUGAAGAAUGUGCAUGCUACUAUGGUGCUCAGAUACUUGACGCCAUCGGAUUUAUGCAUACAAGGGGAAUUAUUCAUAGAGAUAUAAAACCGGAAAAUAUACUUAUGGAUAAGGAUAUGAAAGUUAAAAUUACAGAUUUUGGCACAGCGAAAAUACUGGACGAAAAAACAAAUGGAAACAAUAAAACUUCUUAUGAAUUGUUAACUAGGUCAAAAUCAUUCGUUGGAACUGCAGAAUAUGUUUCCCCAGAAUUACUAAACGAUAAUUACUCUGAUUCUAGAUGUGAUAUAUGGGCUUUCGGCUGUAUUUUAUACCAAAUGAUUGCUGGGAAACCACCAUUUAAGGCCACAAAUGAGUACUUGACUUUUCAGAAAGUAAUGAAAGUUCAAUACGCCUUUACCGCAGGUUUCCCGACUAUUAUAAGGGAUUUAAUAAAAAGGAUACUGCUGAAAGUUCCUGAACAAAGAUUAACUAUUGGCCAGAUUAAAAGUCAUCUAUUUUUUAGUGAAAAGAACUUCUCAGAUGAUUCUAUCUGGGAUGACCCAGCACCGGAAAUACAGCCCUAUAAGAUUAAUGCAAAAUCGAUGCAACCCGUACCACAAUUGAAAGACCAUUUAAAUAAUAAACGUACAGUUAUCAUGUUGAAUAAGAGACCCAGCCCUAAACCAACAGCAGCAACAAUACCAAUGAUAACAAAAGCGAACAUCGAUGGGAAGUCGAGUUCUCCAUCCUUAUCUUCAGACAUUAAGAAGCCAGCACGAAAACCUGCCGACAAUAGAACUAAAGAAAUCCUUGAAAAUGCCAGACGAAGUGUAAACCAGAGAAAACAGAAUUUGAUGACAAAGGCUUCGAAUGGUGGUGCAACUUCUGCUGCAACUGCUGCAUUGGCCAAAAGGAUUCAUAAUCCAGUCCGUUCUUCCUCUUCGCCAAAAAUCAAAACAACAAAGUCUUCAUCUACAACGAAGGUGGAUCUAACAAAUCCGUCUCAUAGUAUAAAAUACUCCGCAACACCCCGUAUCAUGAAAACAGCAGACAAUUUACAUAGUAACACAACACCUAUAACAGUGUUGAAAGAGAAGAGUAAUGAAACCUCACAGAAAAUGCCCCAUCGUCGACUUUCUGCAUCAGUGUCCUCUCCUAUGCUGCCAAUAGUGUCUCCUCCUGCAACGCCUAGAGAGUUAGUGAAAAAACCGGAGUUAUUCUCGAAAUUUAUGAAUAAGAGUGAUAUCGAAUGGUCCUUUUACUUGAAAAGCAUCGAUGAACAUAUUAUAAAAAUAGGAGAGUUCAAUGUUAUAACACUGGAUACUGGCCUUCUGGAAAAACGUCUGAAUCGCUUUCAUAUAACAUCUGCUACCCCUCAAAUAUUUGCAAACCAGAAAACUACUCUACUAUCCCAGGUUGCGAGAUCAGGAGGUGGCGUAACAGGAUUUAGAAAUGAUAUGAAUGAUAACAUGCCAUUAUUCCCAGAGAGCACAUAUUAUAAGGAAACUACCUUCGAUCCAGAAUCUAUAGUUGAAGAAUAUAAACAAUCAACAACUGAUCUCCUGACAUUACUAUUUCCAACAUCAAGGCAAGAGGCGGAUACAGAAGAACCGAAUACAUCUCCUUCGGCAGAUACUGAGGGAUCUGUAAUUACCGGUAAGUUUAAAAAGUUAUUUCAACAUGCUAAGCAACCUUUACAAUAUGAAACGACACCCGAGGAGAAGCUAUAUAAGCGCCUUCUUUUGUUGACAUCUUAUGGUCGUUUUUUGAUGUUUGUUAAAAGGAGUAAACCAAUGGAAAUAACAAAUAUUAUAUAUGAUCUAGUAUAUGAAAUUGACCUUUGUCAAAAUGAAUCUGCGAUUAAGGAGAUUCUGGUGCCAACCCCUGCCAAUAUUUCAGCUGUUGGGAGCAAUAAUUUAAUCUCGAUACAAACACCUUAUAAAUCAUUCAUAUUGAAUUCUUUGAAGAACGAUCAAGAGGCGUGGUUUGGCGCUUUAAAGAAAGCUAUCAAACUGGGAUAUGACGUUAAGUUAGCUUCAAGAACUAGAAGAAAUACAAGUUCUCGUCCGCAUGCAGGAUCAUCUCCUCUACCUGAUGUAUCACCCUCGAUACAGGAAGAGAAGGAGAUAUCAGUGGCUUUACCGAACACUUCUAUUGGGAAAGGGCAAAUUCGAGAAUCAUCGGCUGUUUCAGAAUCAAAUAAGGGCCCUCCAACUUCUUCAGAGCUCGGUUGGACCUCUAGACCUAUUACUGCUGGCAAUAAUAGUACGAACAGAAGUAGUAGACUUUUUAAUGCAUUCGUUAACUCCAAAGAAAAAACAGGCAAAAAGACAUCGAAGUCAUCUGUACCUAUAACGACAAAAUUGAUUAAUGGCCUACCCAAUACAUCAGCUCACACAUUAUUGGGUCUUGGGCUGUCCGACAGCCCUGGAUCUAGCUCGAUAUCGAUUGAUAGGCCAAGUACAGCAUCGUCAUCCUCAAACUCAUCUACAUUCAAACGGGGCAGUACCUCGAGCCGUCUUCAAAACAUCAGUGAACAGUAUUUCAGGCCGCAUAAGUAA